AUGCGUCCCGAAGUCGAACAAGAGCUCUCCCACACCCUGCUCAUCGAGCUUCUGGCCUACCAGUUUGCCUCGCCUGUCCGAUGGAUUGAAACACAGGACGUCUUCCUCGCCGAGAGGACGGCCGAGCGUGUGGUAGAGAUCGGUCCUGCCGAUACGCUCGGUGUCAUGGCCAAGCGUACCCUCGCCUCCAAGUACGAAGCCUAUGAUGCCGCCAAAUCCGUUCAGAGACAGAUUCUUUGCUACAACAAGGAUGCGAAGGAGAUCUACUACGACGUCGAUCCGGUAGAGGAAGAGCCAGAGCCCACGGCACCCGCUGCCGGAGCGUCUGCAGGUGCCGCGCCGGCUGCUGCAGUUCCCGCUGCCGCUGCAGCCGCCCCUCCUCCGCCCAGCGCUGGUCCGGCCGUCCAGGUUCCCGAUCAACCUGUUCAGGCUGUAGAUAUUGUCCGCGCGCUCAUUGCACAAAAACUCAAGAAGCCUCUGCUCGACGUUCCCCUCAGUAAAGCAAUUAAAGACUUGGUUGGUGGCAAGUCGACUCUACAAAACGAGAUUCUUGGUGAUCUCGGCAAAGAAUUCGGCUCUACACCAGAGAAGCCAGAAGAUACCCCUCUCGACGAGCUCGGUGCAUCCAUUCAGCCUACUUUCGACGGCAACCUCGGCAAGGUCUCGCAGUCCCUUAUCGCCCGCCUUAUUUCUUCCAAGAUGCCUGGUGGCUUCAACAUCACAGCCGCUCGCAAGUAUCUUGAGACAAGAUGGGGUCUUGGUGCCGGUCGACAAGAUGGUGCGCUGCUGCUGGCUCUGACAAUGGAACCCGCGGCCCGCCUUGGUGCGGAAGGCGACGCCAAGGCUUUCCUCGACGAUGUUACUCAGAAAUAUGCUGCACAUGCUGGUGUCAGCCUCACAAGCACUGCUGCCGCUGACGCGGCCGGCGGCAGCGGCGGUGGUAUGAUGAUGGAUCCUGCCGCCAUCGAUGCCUUGACGAAGGACCAGCGCGCCCUCUUCAAGCAGCAGCUCGAGCUCUUCGCCCGCUACUUGAAGAUGGACCUCCGAUCUGGCGACAAGGCCUUCAUUAACUCGCAACAAUCUGAAAAAGUUCUUCAAGCCCAGCUCGACCUCUGGAAUGCUGAACACGGUGACUUCUACGCCUCCGGCAUCGAACCUGUUUUCAGCCCCCUCAAAGCUCGCACAUACGAUUCUUCGUGGAAUUGGGCUCGUCAGGACGGUCUCAGCAUGUACUUUGAGAUCAUUUUCGGUAGACUCCAGACUGUUGAUCGCGAAAUCGUCAGCCAGUGUAUCCGUAUCAUGAACAAGUCGAAUCCCAAGCUCCUCGACUUCAUGCAGUAUCACAUCGACAACUGUCCGACCGAACGAGGCGAAACAUACAAACUUGCCAAGGAGCUUGGAUAUCAGCUUAUUGACAACUGCAAAGACGUCCUGAAUGUGGCUCCUCACUACAAGGAUGUUGCCGUGCCGACUGGCCCUCGCACUACCGUUGACGCUCGUGGUAACCUUAACUACGAGGAAGUUCCUCGUGCCAGCUGCAGAAAGCUCGAGCACUAUGUUCAGCAGAUGGCCGAGGGUGGCAAGAUUUCCGAAUAUGGAAACCGUACCAAAGUCCAGAGCGAUCUUCAACGCAUCUACAAGCUCAUCAAGCAGCAGCACAAGAUGUCCAAGACCUCGCAGCUUGAAAUCAAGAGUCUGUACGGCGAUGUGCUGCGGUCUCUUGGCAUGAACGAAAGCCAGAUUAUUCCCAAAGAUCACGGCAAGGGUCGCAAGGCUACCACCCUCAAAGGUAGCAGCAACAACAAGGGCCGCGUUGAAACCAUCCCCUUCCUGCACCUCAAGAAGAAGACUCUCCACGGCUGGGACUACAGCAAGAAGCUUACUUCCGUCUACCUCGAUUGCCUCGAGGAGGCUGCCCGUGCCGGUGUCACAUACACUGGCAAGCAUGUUCUCAUGACCGGUGCUGGCGCCGGCUCCAUUGGUGCCGAGGUUCUCCAGGGCCUCAUUAGCGGUGGCGCUCGCGUUGUCGUAACCACAAGCCGCUUCUCCAAGGAAGUCACGGAGUAUUACCAAUCAAUGUACACUCGCUACGGCUCUCGCGGAUCCCAAGUUGUCGUUGUUCCCUUCAACCAGGGCAGUAAGCAAGAUGUCGAAGCCCUUAUCGACUACAUCUACGAUUCCAAGAAUGGUCUCGGCUGGGAUCUUGAUUACAUUGUGCCGUUUGCUGCCAUCUCCGAGAAUGGUCGCCAGAUCGACAGUAUUGACUCGCGCUCUGAGCUUGCGCACCGCAUCAUGCUUACCAACCUUGUCCGUCUUCUUGGAUGCGUCAAGGCCCAGAAGGCCGAGCGAGGCUUCGAGACCCGCCCUGCCCAGGUCGUCCUUCCUUUGUCUCCCAACCACGGGACCUUCGGCAAUGACGGUCUCUAUUCCGAGUCUAAGCUUGCCCUUGAGACUCUCUUCAAUAGAUGGUACUCUGAGAGUUGGGCCAACUACCUCACCAUUUGCGGUGCCGUCAUUGGCUGGACUCGUGGCACAGGCCUUAUGUCUGGCAACAACAUCGUUGCCGAGGGAGUCGAGGCUUUCGGCGUCCGCACCUUUUCUCAACAGGAGAUGGCUUUCAACUUGCUUGGACUUAUGUCUCCUACCAUUGUUGACCUUUGCCAGUCUGAGCCCGUCUUCGCUGAUCUCAACGGCGGUCUUCAGUUCAUUCCUAACCUCAACGAAGCCAUGACCAAGCUUCGCAAGGAUAUCAUGGAGACCAGCGAGAUUCGCAAGGCUGUCACCAAGGAAAGUGCCAUUGAGAACACCAUUGUUAACGGAGCUGAGUCGGAGAUUCUCUACAAGAAGAAGACAAUCGAGCCACGUGCCAACAUCAAGUUUGACUUCCCUCCUCUACCUGACUGGGAUGAUGAGGUCGCUCCCCUCAACGACAAACUCAAGGGCAUGGUUGAUCUUGAAAAGGUGGUCGUUGUUACUGGCUUCGCCGAAGUUGGUCCUUGGGGUAACUCGCGUACCCGAUGGGAGAUGGAGGCUUUCGGUGAAUUCUCUCUCGAGGGCUGCGUUGAAAUGGCGUGGAUCAUGGGCCUCAUCAAGAAUCACAAUGGCCCUAUCAAGGGCAAGCCUUACGCUGGUUGGGUGGAUGCCAAGACUGGCGACCCCGUCGAUGACAAGGACAUAAAGGCCAAGUACGAGAAGUUCAUCCUGGAACACUCUGGUAUCCGCCUGAUCGAGCCCGAACUUUUCGCCGGCUACGACCCCAACAAGAAGCAGCUCCUCCAUGAGGUCGUUAUUGAGGAGGAUCUGGAGCCCUUUGAAUCCUCCAAGGAGACUGCCGAGGAGUUCAAGCGUGAACAUGGUGACAAGGUUGAAGUGUUUGAGAUUCCUGAGAGCGGCGAGUAUCUCAUCCGUCUGAAGAAGGGGGCGUCUCUUUGGAUUCCCAAGGCCCUCCGCUUCGACCGCCUUGUUGCUGGACAAAUUCCCACUGGCUGGGACGCGAAGCGAUACGGCAUUCCUGAUGACAUUAUCGAUCAGGUUGACCCUGUCACUCUGUUCCUACUCGUCUCUACUGCUGAGGCUCUGCUAUCCAGUGGUAUAACCGAUCCGUACGAGUUCUACAAGUAUGUCCAUGUCUCUGAGGUCGGUAACUGCGUCGGCUCUGGUAUGGGUGGUGCUACUGCGCUGCGCGGUAUGCACAAGGACCGCUAUCUUGACCAACCUCUCCAGAACGAUAUCCUUCAGGAGUCGUUUAUCAACACCAUGGCCGCUUGGGUAAACAUGCUGCUCAUCUCUUCCUCCGGCCCUAUCAAGACCCCCGUUGGUGCUUGCGCCACCUCAGUCGAGUCGGUCGACAUUGGUUACGAGACCAUCAUGGAAGGCAAGGCUCGCGUCUGCUUCGUCGGUGGCUUUGACGAUUUUGGCGAGGAAGGCUCUUAUGAGUUUGCCAACAUGAAGGCCACCAGUAAUACUGUUGAUGAGAUGGCCCAUGGUCGCACACCCAAGGAGAUGUCCCGUCCCACAACCACAACCAGAAACGGCUUCAUGGAGUCCCAGGGCUGUGGUGUACAGGUGAUCAUGACCGCUAAGCUUGCCCUUGAUAUGGGUGUUCCUAUCCACGGCAUCCUCGCUCUCACCACGACUGCCUCUGACAAGAUUGGCCGAUCCGUUCCCGCGCCUGGUCAGGGUGUCCUUACGACUGCUCGUGAGAACGCUGGCAAGUUCCCUUCACCUCUUCUGGACAUUGACUACCGUCGCCGCCAGAUUGAACGCCGCAAGAAGCAGAUCAAGCAGUGGCAGGAGUCUGAGCUAGAGUUUAUUCAUGACGAGAUCAGCGCCAUGAAGGCUCAGCAGGGCGAGUUCGAUGAGAAGGAGUACGCGCACGAGCGCGUUCAGCACAUCGAAAAGGAGGCUGUUCGCCAGGAGAAGGAGCUUCUGCGCAGCAUGGGCAACAGCUUCUGGAAGAGCGACCCAAGCAUCGCCCCUCUCCGUGGUGCUCUUGCUACCUGGGGCCUUACCAUUGACGAUCUCGGUGUCGCCUCUUUCCACGGUACUUCCACCAAGGCUAAUGAUAAAAAUGAAUCUUCUGUCAUCUGCCAGCAGCUGCGUCAUCUCGGUCGUUCUGAGGGUAACGCGGUGUUGGGUAUCUUCCAGAAGUACCUCACUGGUCACCCGAAGGGUGCUGCUGGUGCCUGGAUGUUGAACGGCUGCUUGCAGGUCCUCAACACCGGCCUGGUUCCUGGCAACCGCAAUGCCGACAACGUUGACCCUAUCAUGGAAGAAUUCGACAUGAUCCUUUACCCCAGCCGCAGCAUUCAGACUGAUGGCAUCAAGGCCUUCUCGGUUACCUCAUUCGGUUUCGGUCAGAAGGGUGCUCAGGCUAUUGGUGUCCACCCCAAGUACCUCUUUGCCACUCUUGAUGAGCGCACGUACAACGACUACUGUGCCAAGGUUGAGGCUCGCCAGAAGAAGGCCUACCGCUUCUUCCACAACGGACUCAUCAACAAUAGCUUGUUUGUUGCCAAGUCCAAGGCUCCUUACACCGAUGAGCAGCUCAGCUCAGUUCUCCUCAACCCUGAUGCUCGCGUCUCGACCGAGAAGAAGACUUCUGAGCUCACCUUUGCUACCAAUUUUAUGAAGCAAUCUGAGAAGGUUGUCUCUUCUGCUCAGGCCAAGGAGACCCAGCAAGUUAUGGAGACACUUGCUCGCAAGGUGGCCAGCCAGAACAGCAAGGUUGGUGUAGAUGUUGAGGACAUUGCUGCCAUCAACAUUGAAAACGAUACUUUCCUCGAGCGCAACUUUACCACUGCCGAAAUCGCGUACUGCGAGAAGGCCCCUAGCCCCCAGAGCUCCUUUGCUGGUCGUUGGAGCGCCAAGGAGGCUGUAUUCAAGUCUCUUGGUGUUACCAGCAAGGGUGCCGGUGCUGCGAUGAAGGAGAUUGAGAUUUCUCGGGACGAGACUGGCGCACCCAAAGUCUUGCUCCACGGCGAUGCUGCCUCCGCUGCUAAACGGGCUGGCGUCAAGGACAUCUCCUUGUCCAUCUCGCACUCGGACAACCAGGCUAUUGCCGUUGCCGUUGCGAGCUUCUAA